AUGGGGAACGUUACCGUUCCUUUUGUAGGGAUGAUAAUUGCAGAGUGUGUUCAAGUUGCGCUAAUCAUCUUAAGCAAACAAGUCAUGGCACAAGGAAUGACCAGUUUCAUUUUCAUUUUCUAUUCCAAUUCCAUCGCUGCCCUUGUCCUUCUUCCAUCCUCCUUCUAUAUCCACAGAUUUCAACGUCCUCCAAUCACCUUUUCCACCCUUUCCGGAUUCUUCGUACUUGGACUACUUGGGUAUUUGGCGCAGGUUUUUGGAUAUGCUGGGAUUUACUACAGCUCAUCAACACUUGCUACUGCCAUGCUCAAUCUUGUUCCGGGUUUUACCUUCAUACUUGCCGUUCUUUUUAGAAUGGAGCAAUUAGAUUGGAGAAGCUAUAGCAGCCUAGCGAAAUCAUUGGGAACAAUAGUAUCAAUUGCCGGUGCUUUUAUUGCGACUUUGUACAAGGGUGCUGCACUUCUGAAGGCACCAUCAUCCGCAAACUUAUCUCAGCAGCUAGCUUUCUCACAAGAUACUAGUUGGAUAAUCGGAGGAUCAUUUCUUGCAGCUGAUUGUGUGGUGGCUUCAGCGUUUAUAAUAGUACAGGCUUCUAUUCUUAAGAAAUAUCCAGCCGGGUUGAUUGUUGUAUUCUUUUAUUGUUUCUUUGUGGCCAUUCUAUCUGCCGUGACCUGUUUGGUUGUGGAGAGAGACAUCAAUGCUUGGAGCUUGAAACCCAAGCUAAGGUUGCUAUCAGUUUUAUACUCGGGAGUGUUUGGCUCCGCAUUUCAAGUUGGUGUGACUACUUGGUGUUUGCACCAGACAGGACCUGUUUUUGUUUCCAUGUUUAAGCCUAUAGGAAUUGUCAUAUCGGUGGUUAUAGGCGUUGUCUUCCUUGGUGAUGCAUUCUAUCUCGGAAGUUUGAUAGGUGCUACUGUUAUUGUUAUUGGGUUUUAUUCUGUAUUGUGGGGGAAAUCAAAAGAUAUUGAAGCGAUAAGCUUGGAAUCAAGAGGCAACCAGACCCCUCUUUUGAAAGAAAAUAACAGUGAAGACAACAUAUAA